GAUGCCCGGCUUGUUUUCAGACGAGACCAGUGGCCUCACUCUCUUUGAGAUCGCUGCACUUCGAUCAAAGUGCUACGCAUUUGACAUGGAAGGCAGCGAACUCAUAAAGUCUAAGGGGAUCCGCGGACACGUCGUCCGGAAUCAUCUGUCUUUAAACGACAACAAACGGUGUUUGUUCAAAGACGAUGAUGAUGGUGACGAUGCGUCAACAAAACGAGCAUUGGCUGGAGAGAAUGCCCGUGCGGUCAUCGGAAUGAUACGUGGUGCUGAGUGUCCACCGACAUUAUCGCUACCAUACACUCCGUACCGACAGAAUAUGUUAAUCCGUUCGUUUGAGCACGAGGUACGCACUUUACGUACAACCAAGUUGGCGCUUAACCGUUUUGAUGAUAAGCGCUACACGCUCAACAACAGAAUCGACAUUCUUAUCAUUGUAAAAAAUAUAUCGUCAAGAAUUGAAAAUUUUUUUUCAUCGUCCACCGUUGUUCCAACUGCUGGCUCGCAAAUUGUUUUAUUUGGCUUAUGUAGCUCAGAUCGCUAUUGGGUAAACUGUUUCUAAUCGUAUAAUCCGAAACCGCAUUGAUCAACAUACAUUUGUUUUCCACAUUUACUGAGAUU